AAGAGCGAAACAGAUCCCAUGACGCCAGCCUCUCUAACCGCCAUAAUUUGUUGGUUUGCGGGAUCCAAUCCAAUUGAUGAGAGGAGUUACUCUCUUUCUUUUUAUAUCUUUUAAAUGUAAAACGUUGAGUAGGCUUCUGAUAUUGAUUUCGAGGGAGACAGAUAGAGAGAGGGGUAAAGAUGGGGAGCUCGAGCUUGAAAUCCGCGGCUCUGAUGGAACAGAUGAAGCUCCAUUUAGCCAGUGAUGCAGGUAAACAGCUCACUAAGAAGAUCGGUCUCGUUUACCAGAUGAACAUUGCCCCAAAGAAAAUUGGGGUUGAUGAGGAGGUGUAUGUUGUUGAUCUCAAGAAGGGUGAGGUUACCAAGGGGCCAUAUGUAGGGAAACCUGAUGUGACCUUUUCAUUCAAGGAUGAUGAUUUCAUGGCAGUAGCACUGGGGAAGAUGAACCCCCAGAUUGCUUUUAUAAGGGGUGCAAUGAAGAUUAAGGGUAGCUUGAGUGCUGCUCAGAAGUUUACUCCUGACAUAUUCCCAAAGCCUUCAAAGCUUUGAGUUGGUACGCAGAGGAGACAACCUGCCAUACUUUUGGACAAGAAAUCAUGAUCAAGACAUUCUGUUCUGGGAUAUAUAGAAUUUUCAAAUGUCCUACACAUGUACUAAAUAAGUUCCCUAUUAAUAUUAUCCAAUUAAUCACAUGUCCUAUGGAGCUCCAAAGUUCUGCAGUAAGUUGUACUUCAUUAUGUUCAGUAUCUGUGUAGCAAUGCUGCUUUCCUUUUUCAUUUUUUUUUUUUGUAUUUAUGAUUUUACCUGAAAUAUUUCCACACAAAGAUAAAUGCGUCUGUAUUUGGAGUUAUCUGUAUUUGGAGUUACAUUCACCAAUAUGUUUUUUGCCU